CUUCAUGUGCCGAACAGAGCUGCUGUUUGAAGCUGAUUCAAUACCUACUAACAUCUACCUGUAUAGCAGCUGUCAUGACGAAACCUCGUGGGUUCGAGUUUUGGAGAAGCACUCUGAAGUGUGCACGGUACGUAGUCGCGCCCAUGGUGGACCAGAGCGAGCUCGCCUGGAGGCUGUUGAGUCGCAGACAUGGCGCAGAGCUCUGCUACACUCCCAUGCUGCACGCACAGGUGUUCGUCAGAGAUGCAAACUACCGCCGUGAGAACCUGUAUAACGAAGUAAGCCAAGAAGACCGACCCCUCAUCACACAGUUCUGUGCCAAUGAUCCUGAGGUGUUUAUCCAGGCAGCUCUGCUCGCCCAGGAUUACUGUGAUGCCAUUGAUCUGAAUUUGGGCUGCCCCCAGAUGAUUGCAAAAAGAGGCCAUUAUGGUGUGUUUCUUCAAGAUGAAUGGGACCUUCUUGAGAAAAUGAUUAAAUUGGCAGAUGAAAAACUCUCUGUGCCCAUCACUUGCAAAAUCCGGGUCUUCCCAGAGAUUGAGAAAACAGUCAAGUAUGCCAAAAUGCUGGAAAAGGCCGGAUGCCAGCUCCUCACAGUCCAUGGGAGAACCAAGGAUCAAAAGGGGGCUUUGACUGGUAUUGCAAGCUGGAAGCACAUCAAAGCUGUACAGGAGGCUGUAAGCAUUCCUGUUUUUGCCAAUGGAAACAUCCAGCACUUGAGUGAUGUACAGCGCUGCAUGGAGGAGACUGGAGUACAAGGGGUUAUGAGUGCAGAGGGAAAUCUGCACAAUCCUUCCCUGUUUGAGGGCUGUAGUCCACCUGUGUGGGAGAUGGCUGAGGAGUACCUGGAGGUGGUACAGAAACAUCCACCCUGCAGUCUGUCUUAUGUCCGCGCCCACCUCUUCAAACUAUGGCACCACACGCUACAGAUACAUCAAGACCUGAGGGAGGAGUUAGCCAAAGCAAAAAACAUAGCUGGAAUAACAGAAGUUAACCGACAGCUCAAACAUCGCUGUCAGGAGGAGAUGGCUAAAGAGGAGUCUGAAUGGAAUCAAACUGGACUACCCUUCCCGCACUGGAUCUGUCAACCCUACAUCAGACCAGCACCUAAGGAUCCAAGCACUGAAAAUGGGCAGAAAGCACAAGAGACGAAAGCUGUGAGUGUGAAGAGGCCACUAGAGGACAAUGAUGGUUCAAAUGACUCCCUAUCCAAGAAUAAACAGAAGAAGAAAGCCCGUAACCCUCACAAGAACUUCUGUCCAGAGCUGAAACCAAAAUACAUCAAGUGUGAGCAGUGUGGCAACCCUAAAGGGAAUAAAUGUGUCUUCAACUUGUGCCGUGGGUGCUGCAAGAGAAAGGCUUUCAAGGAAGUGGCUGAUUGUCCAAGUCAUGGCUUGAGAUUCAAAACCAAGGCCUUGAGACAGUGCAACUCAGACACAAGCAGUGGGCUGACAAACAAGAAACCCAGUUGUCAGAUUGAUCUUUCAUCUGCAGUCCACGAUCAGCAACCCCUGGCAUAAAGGAUGAUUGUAUACUAGAUCUGGGUGACAAUGGCAUCUGAAGACUUAAAUGAUUGACUUCUCGGAAAGUUUGUUUGAAAUCCGUUUCCACUGCUGUGCUGAACUGAAAACUAACGAUUGCAGUUGGUGCCAAACCUGGUUGCUUUUUUUUUUUAAAUGUUAAUUGGACCAUUUUGGCACAGAUGGAAUUGUGAAUAUACAUGUUACUAAAUUAACUGAAUAUUCAGAGCCUCUGUCAUACAUUACACCAGACAUUAAGUUAAAGGUACAUCUGCUAACCCUUGCAUGUUUUGGUAUGAGUUGUGAUUAUACCACUGUGCUGCUGUUACGUAUUGCUAGUUCAUCUGUUUUUCUGCACAAGUAGAGGAAUUCUCGUUCAGUGUCUUAAAAGGGAUAGUUCAUCCUAAAAUGAAAAUACUCAUUUAAUCAUCAUCUUGCCAUCCUAGAUGUGACUUUUUUUCUUCUGCUAAACACAAACAAAGAUUUCAGAAGAAUAUCUCAGCUCUGUAGGUCCAUUCUAUUGAGGUGAAUUGUGGUCAGGCCUUUGAACCUUCAAAAAGCAGAUAAAGUCAGCAUAAAAGUAAUGAUUAUGAUUCCAGUGGUUUCAUCCAGGUCUUCUGAAGCUAUCCAAUCGGUUUUGGGUGAGACUAGAACAAAAUGUAACUCCUUUUUCACUGUACAUCUUGGCAUUGUAGUCUCUAGGCACGAUUAUGAUUACAAGCUCGAUUACACUUCCUAGUGCUUAAAGCAUGCACAGAGCGCUAUAGGAAGUGUAAUAUAGGCUGUAGAGCUUGAAAUAAUUAUUGCCAAGGAGACUGCUCUCAACAUAAACAGUGGAAAAAGGAGUUACAUUUUGUUCUGUUCUCACCCAAAACCAACUGGAUCACUUCAGAUGACAUUGAUUAAACCACUGAAGUCUGAUGGAUUACUUUUAUGCUGCAAAUUGUCUGUUUUGAUAAUCACUAGAUGAUGUUUAAAAUUAAGUUGCCACUAUAAACGCGUACCCCUGUAUUGUUCCAUGGUUAUUGUUCCAGAGGAGCUGGACUUUUAUCUUGGGACUUUGUUUAAAUACACUGAUGGGGACCUUCACCCAAAAGAAUAGCAGGUGCUCUAGCGGACUUAAAAUAUUUACUUUCUUACAAUAUUUAUUGUCUUCCUUAUUGAAAGAUUUGACAGUUGUAUGGUGAAGCCACAAACACCUUUUAUUUUAACAUUUUUCAAAUAACUUUAUAUAAAAAAAAUUUACUUUAUGGAUUUGUUCUGACUACUAUCCUGGGCUGACAAGAUCACAUUGUAAUGCAGUGAUUUUUAAAUCUUACACUCAGAUCUGUGGGCAGAACAAUUAAAUUUACUCAGUCUGGAACCUUUUUAAAGUAACUGUAUUUUUAUAACACAAUUGUCUGAUACAGAUGACUACUAACAAAUGACCAGAAAUCAAAUGCCAUUGUUUUGUGUUGCCCUUUGCCUUUCACCAUUUUGUUUAUUAGGAGUUAGUCUCUUAUUUGAAAAAUGUAACCUUAUUAUAACUUAAGUUCCACAUUGUUAAUUUCGGUUGUAAUGUAUGACAGCAUAUCAGUUCAUUUUGUGUCUCACUGUUACUUUUCAGUAUCAGGAUAAGCAAUGACUAAAGCUCAGUGCCUUUUUAUAAAAGUUGUGGGUCUUUCCCUUAAAAACAUUCUUAAAUAAAUCCCUUACU